ACAGAUCAAGGAGCAGAUUUUACUUCGAAUUUAAUCAAAGAAGUUUCAAAAUUAUUUAAAAUAAAGAAAAUUAAUACUAGUGCAUACCAUCCGCAAUCUAAUGGUGCAUUAGAACGUAGUCACUCAACCUUAGCAGAUUAUUUAAAACAUUAUGUUAAUGAAGACCAAAGUAAUUGGGAUAAAUGGAUUGAUUUUGCUAAGUUUUCUUAUAAUACGAGUGUACAUACUUCAACUCAGUUUACACCAUUUGAAUUAAUAUUUGGUUUUAAAGCAAAUUUACCAAGUUCUAUAAGUAAAGAUCCUGAAUUUAAAUAUUUUUAUGAUACAUACUUAGACGAAUUAAUUUUAAAAUUAAGAAAAUCAAGAGAAAUAGCAAGAAAUAAAUUGAUAGAUUCCAAAGAAUAUAAUAAACAAAUAUAUGAUAAGAAAAGUAAAGACGUAAAAUUUGAAAUAGGAGAUUUAGUAUAUUUAAGUAAUGAAUCAGUAAAACCUGGUAGGUCACGAAAAUUAUCACCUUACUGGUUAGGUCCUUAUAAAAUAAUUAAAAUUAAUUCUUCAACAAAUGUUACGAUUAAGAUUAAAAAUAAAAAUGUAGUAGUACAUAUAAAUAGAUUGAAAAACGCGGUUUCAGAAUGAUUGUAUGUGAUAAUUAGUAAUAUUAAUGAUAUUGUAAAUUAUAUAUUUAAAAAAAAAUGCAUAUAUAAUUAGUAUGAAAAAAUUAAACAAGAUAUCGACAAACACAUGUCAUUAUUGACUUUAAUAACAACUGAGGUAGAAAAUGAAAUUUCAACUAUUGUAAAUGCUAUACUGUUUGUGAGAAAUAAUGCUAUUCACCCGGUAAUAAUAACUCCAGAACAAUAUGGAAUUGAAUUAAGGAAAACCUUAUCAUAUUUACCACCUCAGACAAAAUACUCUUUAGAAAUUAUUGAUAAAAAUAUACCAGAAUUGUUUUCAUUAGUAAAUCUUGUGUCUUAUGUAACUAAUAAUAAAAUUGUUUUUGUUAUUAAAACUCCGUUAAUAACUCAAGCUAGUUAUGAUUUGUAUCAAGUAUUGCCAGUUCCAAUUAAGAGUACUGACAAAACGUUUAUAUUUAUUUUACCUAAUUUUAAAUAUUUUUUGAUAUCUAAUAAUAAAAUUCAUUAUACUAGUUUAGAGAAUUUAAGUCAAUGCAAGAAAGUUUAUAACAACGAAAAAUACAUAUGUAAAUUAGAAAAACCUCUGUAUUCGGUCCAUACGAAUAAAAUAUGUGAAACUGAACUUUUAUAUGGUAACACAAAAUUACCUACUGUUUGUGAUACUAGGUUAGCUUAUAUACCAAUAGAGCAAUGGUAUAAGUUACAUCAAGAUAAUAAUUGGUUAUUUGUUACACCACAUAAAGUUAUUGGUACAUUAAAUUGUAGAAAUAAAGAACCAAUUGACAUCGAAUUAGUAGACACAGGAAUAAUUCAACUAUCAGAAGGAUGUAAAUUAUACACAACAAACAUUAUGUUACAAACUAAUAGUAAGAUUUUAGAAAGUAGUUAUAAUUCUGUUUUACCACAUAUUGAUAUUCUUACAGAUGAAUGUUGUAAGAAAAUAAGAAACAAAAAUAUAACUAAUAUACCUUUCAUUCCAUUAAAAUAUCAUGAAAAAGUUGACUUAGAAAGUUUAAAUUUAGCGAGUCAUAAAGUAGAUACUAUUGCUAUUAACAAAAUGGAAAAUGAAACUAUAUUAGAUAAAGUCGUUAACAAUGUUUAUUUAGCAUAUAUAUUCUUUUCGAUUUUAAAAAUGGUUUUUGUUUAUGUUAUAUACCGUUUAGCUAAAUAUAUAUGGAGAAGACAUUUCUUUUGUAAUAGAAAUGAUAGAAUAUUAGCAUUAGAAGACACUAGGUCUUGUUGUGCAAGAAUAACUAAUUGCAUAACAUUAAAAGUAAACAAUGAAAAUAGAGAUAUAGAAUUAGAUGAAAUUCCUUCAGAAAAUUCUGAAACACCUUUAAGGCGUAGUACCAGAAUUGCUCAAUUGAAAGUAAAUUGAUUUGUUUCAAAAUGAAUAAGUAUUAUGUUAUUAUUAAGUUACAAUUAUGUUAUGAUGUUAUUGACAUUAAUAUUGUAAAAUGUGUAAUCAUUCAUUAUAAUAUAAGGUUCGAAAUAAGAUUUAAUUUGUGAACAAAUAAAAAUAAACUGUGUUUAUUUUCUUAAAGGGGGAGGAUUGUAAUGUUUGUAAUAUUAAGAAUACUUUUGUAACUCACUGUACACUAUUAUUUUGUAUAAGACUUUCGUAGAUGAGUGUACUUUUGGUGAUAAUGAUGUUAUUGACGAUUACUAAUGACUAAUUACUGCUAACUAGAGUAAAGUCCAGAGAUGUUUAUUUACUUUAACUAAAUGAUGUUGUUAUUGUCGUAGCUUAUAAGCUCCUCCACCCAAUAUUGUAGUUAGUUCCUUUCUAGUUCUUUUCGUGUAUAGUAAUACUUAGUACUUUCAUACUAUAAUAAAGUAUUAUUACGUCGUAA